ACGUCAGCGGCGGGCAGCUUCCUCCCUCCUUCUACAAACAUGGCGGCGCUUGGGCGAUCUCUGCUUGGACUCAGGAACACCCUGCAGGUUGGGGUGGUUCGAGGCUUCCUGAAUCCCCAGAGAAAGCCUGGGAGGCAGCUCGACUCGGUCCGGAACAUGUUCGUGACGAAAGCGGGGUCCAUUUUACCCAAACCUGAAAAGAUUUCCUUCGGUCUUAUGAAAGUCUUCAUUGUGGUCAUUCCUUUCCUGUACAUGGGCACGUUGAUCAGCAAGAGCUUUGCCUCGCUGCUGGAGGAGCACGACAUCUUUGUCCCAACCGAUGAUGACGAUGAUGAUUAGCACUGGGUAACGGAACCGGUCGGCAUGUUUGUUACGUUUCUGCUCACAAGUUGGUCUCAUUUGAUUGGAAAACCAUGGGAGUCAUGAACUGUACAUAUUAAUCCUGUACGUAAAUUGCCCAAAUCCCUCGGACUGAAGAGACAAUUCCUCUGAAGAGGGAAACAAUCAAAAGCAUGGCCAUAUUUUGCAUGUGUUGCACAUACAGUGUGUGUGGGGUGGGGUUGGGUCUACAGGGUGUGGACGGACACUCAGCAGUCAUCAGAGUUAGUCACUCUUCUAAGAAAACUUUUCCUAUUUUAGUUAGAUUAGCACUUAUUUAGACAAGGGCCUCUGAUGUGUGAAUUGCGUUUGUUUUAAAUCUGAUUUUCCCUGCUUCCAACAAAACAAACCCAGACUAGACUUCGGAACAAAUGUCCCGUUGUAACGAUCCUGACGCUUUUGCUUCAGAAUUGGGAUUGAAUGGCACAGGUAUGCUGUGGAUGCCUUUGAAUUGCAGUCCCUCUAUAAAUGGGGGCAUGCUGAUGCCAACAAAAUGUGCCCUGCAGCGUGUGUUGGUAGAUGAAUUCUAGAAUGGUCAGAUUAAACACUCGAAUAGUCGGUCAAAUUUUAUAAUCUGCAGAUUGGAAUCGUCAACAAAGCCUUUCAUGAUUUGGAACAGUGGAACUUGCACUUUUUAUGAUACAGGGAAAGUAUAUAUAUAGGAAAAUGGAAAACGUUUCUUCCUUGAAACGGCACAGGAAUUUAAUUGCUAUGCCAGAGUGUCUGGGGAGAAGGUGGUUUAAAAAAAACAUGGAGUUAAACUUCAGAAGCAUCAAGUGGAGUGCAAUAUAUUCAGCAGUAAAUCGCCUGCACUGGGAAUAAGCAGUUCUUUCCAACAUUGCUGCCAGUAAUACAGAGAGAUCAAUGUUAAGGCAAAUUGGACGUGCUGUUGGCUGGUUGUAUUCACUUGGCCUUUCACUUGGAAAAUUCUACGGUGUGGAAUGGAUAGAAUAUGUCUCCAGUGAGUGUACACAUCAGGUGUAGGUGCUUGCUCUUUGCUUUUUGGCUCCAUGUUUUGUCCACGAUGUGUGGGGUCAAUAGCCCCAGUUCAAUUGCCUUUGGCUUAAAGAUUUGCCGGUGUUUUGAUGGACUGUGCUUCUGUCACCCACAAUAAAAGUGAUUGAACCUGA